CAUGAGUUCUAGUAAAGUGAUCGUGUGCCUCGUUGGACUAGUACUACUACAACAGCUGGUUUCCGCGUAUCCGUACGCAAACAGUUAUCCCUACAGUACGGCCAUCGUAACGGAAACUAAACUGGUUAAGGGUGGUUCGGGUAAGACAACGAGUCAGGGAGGAAAGGAUUUGCGCGAUUUUAAUCGGGAUCAUGUGUUCGACGAGGGUGGUAAGAUCAACUCGGCAGCGGAUGCCGUUCGGUAUCAUGCGUUGGAUAAUCAGCUGAACGGUCACAGGAUCACCGAUUCUUCCAAGGGUGGUUCGGUGGAUAAGGUGAAGCAGUUGGCUGGGGAGAACUUCGAGAUGGAUAAGUCGCACAAUCGGAAACAGGUGAAAUCCGGCUUUUCAAACUCUUAUCAUAAAGAUGAGAAUGGAAGUAAGACUUCCUACUACGAGGAUUCGGAUGAUCGCGGCGGUAAACAGGUGUUCGAUAACAGACAAAACUUGAGAAACAAUUACAACGAUCAACUGUACGGUAAGGAGCUACGAAAUGAUCAUCUUCGAGAUCGGUACGAUGAUCGCUACGGUGGAACUGAACUCCGUGGAAUUCGUGACUACCACCAUCAAACGACAGCUGAUCGAGGCAAUCUCCAGGACUACCGUGACGAUUUUCGUGAUGAUCAUGAUCAUCAGCUCGGUUCGUACGGGGCUGAGUUCUAUCCCGGACUACCUCCAAUGAUUCCGGUUCGCAAUUCGGACGAUCUGUUCCAGCGGCAUAGUUACUACGAACCGCGGCCAAUGUUUACAACGGGGCCGCAUCGUUCGCCACCCAUCACAGUGUAUGAUGAUCCCAGGGAGUACGAUUACGAUCAUCAUCAUCGGUACCAGCAUCAUCCACAGGUCAACCGAAGGGACGGGGGAUUGUUUCGUCGAUUCGACGAUGAUCUGGCCGAUCGGACUAGGAUUAUUUUUAGACCUAGUCCGUUGCUGAACUAUAGGCGAUAUUAAAUAUUUGGCACAAUGCUCAAAGUUGAAGAGAAAAUCAAAUUUAUUUAAG